UGGAAAGGCACUGGCCCUGUGUCUACGGUAGUCGGAGGAAGGCAGGCGCGCGCGCAAGUCGCCUUACUUUUGGCGCACGCGUAUAGAACCUUCGUGUAUGUUCUUGUGAUUUACGUGUAUACUCUAUAACAAUGAAAGUCCAUUUUAAAAUAUUCGAUGUGGUGCCCGCGCGGUUCAGCGUGGCGAUCAUGUUGUUCUUUGCCUGCUGGGUCAAUUACAUGAUGAGGGUCAACAUGAGUGUCAACAUCAUUGCCAUGGUACCGGAUGAUGCUAAAACUACAUCAGUGAAAAGCGAGUGCGAGGCCAUCGCCAACAACGACAGCGCAACAAACAACGUCACUACAACGCUGAUCGCGAAACAUCAUCUGCGACAGCCUGAUGGUGUGGUUACAUUCAACUGGACAGCGCAGCAACAGGCUUAUGUACUAUCAGGUUACUUCUGGGGGUACGCGAUCACGUCAUUAGUGGGGGGCACGGCGGCCGAGCUAUGGGGUCCUCGCAACGUGGUCUUCAUCACUAUGCUGAUCAGCGCGGUCCUGACCACCCUGUCCCCGCAGGCUGCGAGAUUACAUUUCAUGGUCCUGGUCGCAGCUCGCUUCAUCAUCGGUUUGUCAGCUGGUUUCCUGUUUCCGGCUCUACACGCGCUGGUGGCACACUGGGCGCCACCGGCGGAGAAGGGCAAGUUUGUAAGCGCUCUGCUUGGCGGGGCCAUCGGUACCGUAGUAACCUGGUCCCUCACCGGACCCGUUAUUGAGAACUUUGGCUGGGACUUCGCUUUCUACAUACCCGGUUUCAUAGCGACGGUGUGGUGCGCCCUUUGGUGGUUCCUCGUGUAUGACUCCCCGGUGCAACAUCCCCGCAUCUCAGACAAGGAGAAGCAAUACAUUCUUGAAGCGAUCGGCGACAAAGUCAAUCAAAGUACUAAGGACACUAGGAUCGUGCCGCCUUUCAAAAGUAUAUUGACAUCGUUCCCGUUCCUUGCGAUGGUGGUGCUGCACUACGGCAACAACUGGGGGCUGUACUUUGUGAUGACCGCCGCGCCCAAGUUCGUGUCGAGCGCGCUCGGCUUCAACCUGACGUCGACGGGCACGCUCUCCUCGCUCCCAUAUCUGGCUAGGAUGAUAUUCUCGUUGAUCUUUGGUGCUAUCGGUGACAGAAUUGUCAAACAAAAUGUGGUCUCCACAACAUUUAUGAGGAAGUUCUUCUGUCUAUUCUCUCACGUAUUACCUGGUCUCUUGCUGAUCGGUCUGGGGUACACUGGCUGCGCUCCUAUCCUCUCUGUCGCACUGAUCACGUUCUCCAUGGGCUCGAAUGGUGCCGCGACUCUCACUAACCUCGUCAAUCAUCAAGACCUGGCGCCGAACUUCGCUGGUACACUGUACGGUAUUGCUAAUGGUAUCGGAAACACCGCAGGCUUUGUCACACCUUUGGUCACCGCGCACUUCACUAAGAACGGGAAUGGUUUCGCAGAAUGGCGGCCUGUAUUCUUCACUGGUGCAUCUUUAUACAUAGCAUCGGCUGUAUACUUCAUUAUAUUCGGGACAGGCGUCACUCAGCAGUGGAACUACGUCGCGCCUGCAGAAGAGGAAGAAGACAAAAGACCGAGCGCCAACACAACGGAUACCACAGUCACUAUUCCUGUUAAGACAUAAGCGUAUUUCUAAGCUAAAUAUCGUUUAACACUUUCAGUGACAGUUUUUUUUGUAUAAACACGUUCAAUGCCACUAUUUCUUUUUUUAUCAAUGUAAGUUCGACAAUGGUUGUGGUUUUGAACGUUGUUAUAAUCCGAAGUAUCAAUCCGCAGUGUCAACGUCUUCACAUAGCGUUUAUGUUGUCAUCUCUAUUCUAUUCAAGGAAAAUAAGAGAGACCACUAUUUUUAUUAAGUU